CUUCAUUCAGAUUGCUGCCUCGGGGAGAGGUGCACCUCCACCUUGAUUGAUGCGCGCUGUUCGCGAGUCAUCAGCAAAGGUUGAAAGGAGCGCCUUCAUCCUCGUCUCCACCAAGUACGAGCCUUGCAAGCUGACGUCGAGGAUGCUCUGAAGCGGAAUCGCUCAUCCCCACAGCAUCGCAUCGCAUCAGCCGAGUCCGGGCAUCAAGCAUCAAAGAGAGCGAAGUGAGCCGCAGACAUGUUCUCGCUCCUCAUUCCUGGACGUCUACCACUCACGGCACCUCAGCAAGUGGACGAGACUCAUGCCGUCUUCCCAAUCGACGAUGCAGCCAACCUGAACCACAUCUGCAUAUUCAUGACAGGCGAUGCGCCCUUACCGCAGGGAUACGCGGUCAGUCUGCACUUGCUGCCGCCAGGAGGAUCAUGGAAAUUGCUAGGCGGGCUCUCGAACACCAAGCCAUCAGCCAUUUACAGGUGCAAGAGCCUUUCAUCCGCCUCAUCUGCUUCAUCCUCCACCGCAUUCGGCGCGGCAAACAGCACUCCAGCAACCUCUGCACUCUUAGGACUCUCGAUCGAAUCGGAGCAAGUUGUUGCCGCCCAAGUCGCUUCUCUCGGGGGUGCUACAGCUGCUGCGAGCGCUGUCGGCCCUGCAGCAACUGGUGGGAACGACGCUCUGGCCUUGGUGCCAGCUGGCGGUGCAGGGGCUGCAGCAGGUGCUGCCCAGGCGGAACAGAUUGCAACUGCGAUAGCACCCAAGAUCGCCCAAAAUGUGUUCGACUAUCUCUCUUCCUACAUUCCUGACAGCGCUCCACAGACGGGUCCUUUGCUGCAGAAAUGGCUCGAUGGAUUCCAGCGCAAGCUCAAGAUGCAGGGCAUCAGGAUGCUCGAAAGGGAAUGAGAAGCUUCAAAGCUCGCGUUUCGAUAGGCACUGCCGUUGUCACACGUCACGAGAAAUGUCACCUGUAUUUGGCUCUUAGCUGUCCGUCCGAGGUCAGCUUCCCAAGUUUGAGCUGGCGCAUCGAAGGCAGUCCAGAUGUCUCUCUUCGUCCUUCACAAGCCUGAGCAGCGACGAGUCGAAGAUCAUGAGAAGCUGGCAAC